AUGGGUCAAGAUAUAUAUAAAAAUUCAGACUCUGGGCAUGUUUUUCUUUCCACGGCUAGGGUUAAAAUUCACGACCACUUGGGAAGGGAACAUUAUGCGCGAGUAUUAUUAGACUGUGGUUCCCAGUCAUCAUUUAUUUCUUUGUCACUAUGUAAACGUUUAGGUUUGAAACAAGAAAAUACCAACUUAUCUGUUGUGGGAAUUGCCAAUAUCACGUCACAAAUUAAGAAAAGGUGUCAAGUCGAAAUUCAGUCUUUGUAUAAAAACUUUAAACUUUUGUUAAAUUGCUUUAUUUUGCCCGAAGUGACUAAUAUUUCAUCUUCUAGAGGAAUCCAUUUUCAAUGCUUGGAUCUUCCUAAAAAUGUACAAUUAGCAGACCCAGAUUAUAAUAAGCCAGGCCCCGUAGAUAUUCUAGUAGGCGCGGAUAUUUUCUGGAUCUUACUAGGUAAAAAUCGGAUAUCGUGUGGAAAACACAUGCCUUUCCUACAAGAAACAGAUUUAGGUUACGUUCUGGCUGGAAUGGUAGGACACGCCGAUGAUACUUCUAGUAAUAUUUCUUGUCACUUAAGUACUAAUGCUGAGUUACAAAAUACUAUUUCAAAGUUUUGGGAAAUCGAGGAAAUUCCCACAAAUAAAGUUUUUUCUGAGGAUGAGCUCAAAUGCGAAUCUAUUUUCUCACAAAUUACUCAUAGAGAUGCCUCCGGACGUUUUGUCGUUACCCUGCCAUUUAAACAAUCACCCGAUCUACUUGGGUCGUCUAGGGAACAAGCUGAAAAAAGACUAUACGCCAUAGAAAGAAAGUUAGCAAAAAACAAUAAUCUCCGAGAAUAUUACGCAAAUUUUAUGACAGAAUACGAGAAUUUAAAUCAUAUGACUUUAGAUACUAGUAAUAUAGCAAAUAAUGUUGAAUAUUUCAUGCCACAUCAUGGAGUUUUUCGUGAGUCUAGUUUAACUACCAAACUGCGUGUCGUUUUUGAUGCGUCGGCACCAUCUAGCCAUGGUUUAUCGUUAAAUUCCAUUCAGUAUGUUGGUCCAGUCUUGCAAAACGAUCUUUUUUCUAUUUUACUUAGAUUUAGAAAAUAUUUAUUUGUAAUUUCAGCGGACAUUACGAAAAUGUACCGCCAGAUACUAGUUGAACCAAGCCAGCGGUCACUUCAAAAAAUAUUAUGGCGUUCUAGUCCUUCCGAAGAUGUAAAAGUUUACAAACUAAAUACCGUUACCUAUGGGCAAGCUUGUGCUAGUUUUCUAUCAAUUCGAUGUCUAUUCCAGUUAGCAGACGAAUAUGAAAAAAUUAACCCAGAUAUUGCGAAUAUCAUUCGUCAAGAUUUUUAUGUCGACGAUUUGUUGACCGGUGCGGAUUCUAUUCCAAAUGCUCAAUAUAUAUGCAAUGAAAUUUCAAAGGUCUUAAAAGGCGGUUGUUUCGAGCUGCGUAAAUGGUAUUCUAAUGAACCUAGCGUUGUAAGUCAUAUGGAUAACGCUACUAGUUCUUGUGAGGUCUUAGAAUUUACCGCAGGAGAAAAGGCAAAAACCUUGGGUUUAACUUGGUCUUGUCAAGAUGAUUUUCUUAUGUAUCAUAUCGAAGAAAUUCCCUUUAAAAGUAAUUAUACAAAAAGAAGCGUUCUGUCAGUAUUAUCCAAGCUAUUCGAUCCUUUAGGACUCCUAUCACCGUGUAUUGUGCUAGCAAAGAUUUUCAUGCAACGCUUAUGGCUACAAAAGGUAUCUUGGGAUGAGCCAUUGACACUUUCCUUAUCGAACGAAUGGUCUAAAUUCUGUAAAGAUUUACCCAAUUUAAAUUCAUUGCAAAUUAGUCGUCAUGUCCUAGCUGAUUUUCCAAGUUCGUUAGAAAUACACGGAUUUUCAGAUGCUUCCGAGAGAGCCUAUGGGGCUUGCCUAUAUAUAAAAUCAAUUGAUUCAAAGGGUUUUUCAGUCAUCAAGCUUUUAUGUGCUAAGUCUAAGGUUGCCCCGGUGAAGUCACUUACUAUUCCUAAGCUUGAACUUUGUGCAGCUUUAUUAUUAAGUAAACUGGUAAACAAAGUGUUAAGUUCUAUUCAACUUUCUUUUGAAAGAAUCGUUUUGUGGUCUGACUCUACUAUUGCUCUGGCCUGGAUAAGAACCCCUCCAAAUACGUUAAAGGUCUUUGUAAGCAAUCGUGUUGCAGAGAUUCAAGCUUUAACUGAAGAUUGCGAGUGGCGAUAUAUUCCCAGUACAGACAACCCAGCCGAUUUAGUUUCGCGCGGUUUGUUACCAAGUCAUAUGUUAACUGCGAUCGAAUGGUGGCAAGGGCCAUCUUGGCUUGCGAAAGAAUCAAUAUAUUGGCCACAAAAUGAACAAAAUAUCAAAUUAUUACCAGAAUUAAAAUCAAAAUAUCCAUUAACAUUUGUAGCUAUGCUAGAUAAUAGUUUCCCUUUUGAACGAUUUUCUUCAUUUUUAAAAAUGCAACAUGUCACAGCUUAUAUUUUCAGAUUUAAAAUAGCCUGUCAGAAAAAUUCUAGUCGCGUUGAAGGGCCUAUAAGUGUGUCAGAGUUGCGUUGCUCUUUGAAAUCUCUAAUUAAAGCAGCGCAAAAUCAAAGUUUUCCUGAAGAAAUUUCAAGGUUGUUGGAUAACAAGGGCCUACCCGAUAGCAAUGUAUUAAGUAAAUUAAAUCCAUUUUUGAACGCUAAUGGCAUUCUUCGGGUGGGUGGUCGCUUGAAACAUUCCGAUUUCCCAAUGGAAAAGAAACACCCUAUUCUAUUACAUUCGAAUCAUCAUUUCACAAAAUUACUUUUUGAAUAUGAGCAUGCUAUUUUACUUCAUCCAGGUCCGCAGUUACUCUUAGCACAUAUCCGUGAAAAAUAUUGGCCGAUCAGAGGCAGAAAUCUAGCACGUAAAAUAUCUAUAAAGUGUUUACGCUGUUUUAAAUUUAAACCGGAAUUAGUUCAACCAAUUAUGGGUGCGGCCAACAAAGUGUUAAGUUCUAUUCAACUUUCUUUUGAAAGAAUCGUUUUGUGGUCUGACUCUACUAUUGCUCUGGCCUGGAUAAGAACCCCUCCAAAUACGUUAAAGGUCUUUGUAAGCAAUCGUGUUGCAGAGAUUCAAGCUUUAACUGAAGAUUGCGAGUGGCGAUAUAUUCCCAGUACAGACAACCCAGCCGAUUUAGUUUCGCGCGGUUUGUUACCAAGUCAUAUGUUAACUGCGAUCGAAUGGUGGCAAGGGCCAUCUUGGCUUGCGAAAGAAUCAAUAUAUUGGCCACAAAAUGAACAAAAUAUCAAAUUAUUACCAGAAUUAAAAUCAAAAUAUCCAUUAACAUUUGUAGCUAUGCUAGAUAAUAGUUUCCCUUUUGAACGAUUUCUUCAUUUUUAA